AUGGUUUUCAAGACAGAACAGAUGUUUGAAAUUCUACUGCUAUGUUUCCUUACUUCUAUAGUUGGUGGUUUACAGAUAACAACCAAUGUAUCGACCCCUAAGGUGGACUCUGGGAUUGAUGCAUUUACUAUAGCUGAUAUUAUGAACUACACUAUUGACAUAAACAAGUUUAACCUGGACCUUAGUGGAAUAACAUCGUUAGUGUUUGAAGUAAAGGCAUGCAUGUAUGCACAUGUCCUUCUGUCAAGUUCUGAUGUCAGAAAAUCGUCAGAACCAUUGUAUGAGAUUAUCAUUGGAGAUUAUAAUUACCGUUCGUACAUUGUCUACCGCACAAACGAUUCGCUCAGUUCUGAAAGCCGCACAUUUAAAAACGUUAACACCCCGGAUAUACUGAACUGCACUGUUUAUCUACCAUUUUGGAUUAGAUGGGCGGGUGGAGAAAUAAAAUUAGGAACUGGGGUUGUUGUCAGUGAAAACGUUUUGGGAAGUUUGACUAAUACAGAUCAUUUUGAAGUGAGAAGUAUUGGAGUAUUUACAGACAAGAAUGCAUCAGGAAAUUGGACAAUACAACUUGAAGUUUCAGACAAAUUUGCUGGAUAUUUUGACAACUGCAUGAAGGAUAAUAUCAAGUCUGACAUGGUUGUUAUCGAUGAUAUUCAAUGUUCAGAAAUGAGAUGUGCUACCAGAUGUGGAAUGUCAAAGACCUGUAUGGGGUACAAUUUCAAUAGCGCCAUUAGCAAAUGUGAACUACUCUGGUUUGGAUCAGACGUUGUAACAGACAUACCACAUCACAUUGAAGCCGGAUGGAGAUUCUACAGUAAAUGUUUCAAUGGGAAAACUGUCUGUCUUGGGUGGUUUUAUUUAGAUGACUAAUGAAAGAAAAUAGUCCUUGAUUAGGAUAUCU